AUGAUGGAGUACGGGUACGUGUGUGUGCCGUGCAUUCCGUUCAUGCCGUGUGUGUGAGUAUGUGUAUAUGCGUCUGUUUGUGUUGUCUCCCAGUGAUUUAGUAUAGUAUAUGCCCCCCCCCCCCCCCCCCCCCCUCCCUGGCCUGGGUGUUGAGGGAGAGCUCGUUUGGGUGUGUGUAACAAUGUGUAUUGCUGCUGUAAACAACUUGAUGGUGCAGGGAGGUAAUUAAGGCCAGACAUUAGCACUAAUGGCUGUGGGCUGUGACUAAUUCACCACACUGCACAGGGCUUUCCUCUAUCUCGCUCUCUCUGCCUGUCACUGAGAUGCACAAUACAUGCUUUAUGACCACAACACAUACUGGAUUCCAGAACUUCUGCCAUAAUAUAAUAUUUAUAGUUCCUAGCAGUGGUUUAGUAUUCUCUUUAUAUUGUGAAGUAUAUACUUUAUCAGUGGGAAAUAUAUUGUAGGGGCGGGGGCAGUGUAGCGAUGCUCUCUAAUGAGCUGGUCCCUCCAUUAGCUAUAAUAUAUUCUAAUUAUUAAUAGAAUAAAUCAACAGAAUCCAUACUUGUAGAUUGGAGAACACAUCAUCAGAAUGCAGUAUGGUAUUCCAGUUUGUGGGGAGACACACAGCGUUUGGACUUUGGCGAUAACAUUGUAGGAGAGAAAACAUACUUCCACCCACUCAGCCAUAUUUCCACAGUGGUUUAGUAUUCUUUUUAUACUGACUAUAAAGGACAUGAUUGGGACUGUGUUAAAAGGGUCAAAUAACUAAUUUAGAGACCAAUGAUUUAUUCACUCUUGUUGCUAGACUACAGUGUUAGUCCAUUCACUAAAACUGGACCAUAGUUGGUGUGAAACUGGGCUCAACCUGAAUAAAUGUGAAACUGGGCUCAACCUUAAUCAAAUUAGAUUGAAACCAGAGUCAAACCAGAUUGAAAGCAGAGUCAAACCAGAUUGAAAGCAGGUGUCUAUGCACUAACUCUCCUCAUCCCUCUGACCCUCACACCUUUGUGUACAUGACUGUGUCACAGUCAGAACACUUAUUCAGUCAUUUACAUAAACGAUUAGCAUAUGUAACAACAUUUGCAUAGGGGCUGGCACUUUUGGAUACAGUCUGUAAAGCUGUUUGAUAAUUGCAGUCUGUGUGAAGUGUGUGUAAUGGUGCGGUGCGUGUAGUGUGUGUGUGUGUGUCUGUUUGUGUGUGUGUGUGUGUGACAGAUGGUGGAGAGGACAGACAGGCUCUUGUGAAUAAUACCAGGGAUUAGGGAGCAGUAGAGAAACUACAGUAAGCCAAAGUUACAACAGGUUAGGGAGUUAUAGUCGUAAUUAUACAAUGACACGUUUAUGGUUAUGGUAACCGUUGACUACCUCCUCCUGGUCUCCUCAAUUCAUUCAAACUUCACCUCUCCACCCUUACCUCCAUCCUAAUCACCACAUCCUACUACCCCCCCACUCUCCACCUCACCUACUACUCUUACCCCUUGCCAUACACCCCUAUCACCCCAACUUCACCCAAAUCCUCCCACCUUCCCCCAGCUAUACUACUCCUACCUCAGGGGACCUCUCCCCUCUCCUUCUCCUUGCUCCAGAGCCUCUAUUCCUCUCCCUCCUACCCACCUGGUUCCUCCCUGGUUCCUCCAGCCCGGCCCUAUCCAUUAAAGCAGCAGGGGAGCUCAGUGAGACCUCCAAUACCUGAAUGCCUCUCUCUCUCUCUCUCUCUGAUCUCUGCUGUGUCACUGGGGGUCACAGCUAACUGAUCCUUAAUGAUAGUGACUGACUGGGGAGGGAUAAAACCCCUCUCUCUAACCGAAGGGUGUUAUCUCACUCAAAUAGGGUCAGUGUGACACUGGUAAAAUGAUUGUUCUUCAGUCAGGUGUAUCUGUAAACUGUAAUGGGGUUUCACAACUGUGUCGCCUCAACACUUUACCAAAUUAAAUGGAGGUUUGUGUGUGCACGCACCGGUGCUGCCUGUGUGUCUGUGUGUGUGUUGGCCACCUGCUGUGAGGAGAUGUGGUAGAAACACCAGUAGUGAUGUCUGUGUCUGUACACCCCUGUUUGAACCAGGGAGCAGCUGUUUCUCUGCUGCCUAUCUCACUAGCUCUCUCUGGUUUCUACUAAUAUUGUCUAUCUCUCUGGUUUCUACUAAUACUGGGGAGAUAGAGAGAGGGGGUAGGAGAGAGAGGGGGUAGGAGAGAGAGGGAGGAGGUAGGAGAGAGAGGGAGGAGGUAGGAGAGAGAGGGAGGAGGUAGGAGAGAGAGGGAAGGGGGGUAGGGGAGAGAGGUGGAAAGUACAGUGAUGAAGGAGCGGGAAAGAAGAUUAAAGGGGGAAUGGAUAGAUGGAGGAUGAAAGAGAAAAAACUGAGUGCCAGAGAGAGAGAUUCAGUUGCAUAUAAUGAUAGGUUUAGUGUGUUGGCAUGUCAAACAGCAGAGGUGUGAUGUGUCAUAAUGGAGCAGAACACUAAGCUAUGCCGCUGAAAUGAAAAGUACACAGAGGCUGACAGAGCUGAAGCUUCCACACACACACACACACUGCUCAGGGAAUGGAGACACCUUCUGAUUGGGGCCAAAGAGCAUCCUCUGUGAUACAACUUCUAUAGACUUAAGUCUGAGUCACUCUGCUCCCCAGAAUAUUCAAUGUACUAACAGUGUCUUUUUCUCCCAUCGUGCAAUAGAGAGAGGAGAGAGCGAGAGAGUCAGAGAGCAGCGAUAGCUCAGCGAUGAGGGAAGAGAGCGACGCUAGAGUAUCGAUAGGGAUCUCGCUGUGCGAGAGAGAUACUCUACUAUCUCUGGUCUAUCGCAUCUCUCUCUCUCUCGAUCUAUCUUACGCGGCUCUCUAUCUCUCUCUCUCUCUCUCUCUCUCUCUCUCUCUCUGCUUCCCUGGACCUAGAGAAAGGUAAAUGGUUUGUGUGCUACAUGUAUAGCCUUCUGUCUUCUCUGUAAUCAUUGUGUGAAGUCCUCCAUUUUACCUGCAGUCACAAGCCUAUUCAGCUGCCUGGGGAGUGACAGACAGACAGCCUGGGAGUUAGCUCUGCUCUUUAGAUAGAACACAGUACUACAAGCUGACAGGCAGACAACAGCCUGGAAGUUAGCUCCUCUCUUUAGAUAGAACACAGUACUCAGACAGACAGACAGACAGCAGACUGGGAGUUAGCUCCUCUCUUUAGAUAGAACACAGUGCUCAGACUGACUGACAGACUGACAGCCUGGGAGUUAGCUCCUCUCUUUAGAUAGAACACAUUACUCAGACAGACAGACAGACAGCCUGGGCGUUAGCUCCUCUCUUUAGAUAGAACACAUUCACUGACUGACUGACUGACAGACAGCAGACAGCCUGGGAGUUAGCUCCUCUCUUUAAAACACAGUACUCAGACUGACAGACAGACAGACUGACAGCAAACAGCCUGGGAGUUAGCUCCUCUCUUUAGAUAGAACACUGUACUCAGACAGACAGACAGACAGCCUGGGCGUUAGCUCCUCUCUUUAGACAGAACACAUUCACUGACUGACUGACUGACAGACAGCAGACAGCCUGGGAGUUAGCUCCUCUCUUUAAAACACAGUACUCAGACUGACAGACAGACAGACUGACAGCAGACAGCCUGGGAGUUAGCUCCUCUCUUUAGAUAGAACACUGUACUCAGACUGACGCUCACUCAGUCACCACAGGCUGUUAUUAUCUCAAUACUGCAUCUCUGUUUCUGCUCUCAAAAGACUUUAAACACAACAUGAGACAUUUGUCAUAUAGACUCAAGGCCACUGUACUCUGCAGCUUGUGUGACAGAAUGCUGAAAUGUCCUGCAGCUUGUGUGACAGAAUGCUGAAAUGUCCUGCAGCUUGUGUGACAGAAUGCUUAGAUGUCCACACGCACCUACUCACACAGUCAUACACACACCCCUCCCCUUUCCGUUCUCUCCGCUGGCCAGGAGCAGAGUAUUAUCCACCCAAAGUGUGUGAGCACACAAUUUAGCAGGGAGACAGGGCUGGUAAUGGACUCAUAAACAGAGACGUACCGCUGUGAUAAACGCUGAGUGUGUGUGUGUGUCACAGCUGCACCUGUGGCUCUGCUCAGUUACCCUGCAUGGCCCCUCAGCAUGGUUCCACUCCCAAGUGCUCUCUCCUUUAUCUGACAUUCUUCCUUUAUCACUCUGUUUUUCUGUCCAUGGUUUUCCAGAUUCGCCUCUCUACUCUCUACUCUGUGAUGAUUAUUUGUUGAUGGUGUAUGUAUGACAGGUGUUGUAUUUCAUCCCCAUCCAACUCUCUCUCUCUCUCCUACCUCUCUCUCUCUGCUACCCUCUCUCCUCCUCUCUCUCUCUCUCUUCUCUCUCUCUCUCUACCUCUCUCUCUCUCUCUCUACCUCUCUCUCUCUCUCUCUACCUCUCUCUCUCUGGCAUGUGGCAACUGUCUGAUGUUCUCAGCAUGGCAUUUCCUUUUCCCUAUGCGUGUGUGUGUGUGUGUGCACCCUAGAGAAGACACAGUUAUAUUCCUGAGGCAGUGAAUGAUAAUCCAGUAUGAUAAUAACUGUGCACUAAGGAUAGGGAAGCACUCAUCAUCGUUCAUCUAUGGAAACACAAGUAAACAAAGUAGCUUCUAUUUAUAGUUCAACCAUACAUUGCAUGUCAAGGUAUAUAUAUAUAUUGGCCUAUUACUAAUUCAGAGUAGAGAUUUCAUAGUAGUGGAAGCCUCUGUAUUCUACCCCAUGCCUUUCAAAAAAUAUAUUAAAUUGUAAAAUAUACAGGCACUAAUUGACUGAAUUAUCUGCCAUAUACUUAAGCAUUAAGGCCUGAGGGGGUGUGGUAUAUGACCAAUAUACCACGGCUAAGGGCUGUUCUUAAGCAUGACGCAACGUGGAGUGCCUGGAUACAGCCCUUAGCCGUGGUAUAUUGGCCUAUAUACCACAAACCCUUGAGGUGCCUUAUUGCUAUUAUAAAUUGGUCACCAACGUAAUUAGAGCAGUAAAAAAAAAGUUUUGUCAUACCCAUGGUAUAUUGUCUGAUAUACCACGGCUGUCAGCCAAUCAGCAUUCAGGGCUCAAACCACCCAGUUUAUACAUGCAUGUAAAUAUGAUAUAGGUAUUGAUAUCUCAUAUGAUAUCUUCUGUGUAUCCUAUAGGGACUUUGCCUAUGUGGCGAGAGACAAAACCACGCGGGUGUUGAAAUGCCAUGUGUUUCGAUGUGAUACCCCUGCAGAAGCUAUAGCAACGAGUCUCCACGAAAUCUGUUCCAAGGUGAGUGGGCCUGCGGUUCCAGACAGAGAGGAAGUAGACACAGACAGACAGUACACUCUCAGGGAAAUGCACUGUCUAUUUACAGAAGUCUAAAUUCACAGUGAAAUGUUACUGACGUUGAAUUAGCCUAUUCAAGUCGAAUAAAUAGAAAGAAGCAGUCCUGCUUACAGUAUGUGUACCCCUACCAACACCACUAUCUGGCCCAGGGCGGGUGUGCAGUUUUGAAUGUGAGGGGAGGUGGGAGUGUGUUAAUCCUCUCAGGGUUAGGGAGGUGCUAGCCCUGAAAGGUGUCAAACUGAGACCCAGGUGUGAAACUGAGUCCCAGGUGUCAAACAGAGUCCCAGGUAUGAAACUGAGUCCCAGUCACGAAUGUCCUGUUCCUUUAUCAUACUACCAAACAAUCCCCUGACUACUGUUUCAGACAUUGACAACUCAGGUAGGGUCUGCAGGGUUUAGACCAGACAUGACCUUGAGAAGGACAAUUGACUCAACAAAAUAAAGAAUAUUUGUCUGGUGAGUAUGAUCUACAGUCUGAUAGAGAGAUGGUGACCCACUUUGAAAAGACACACCACGUCUUUUCUCAGUGUUUCUCAGCUCUUAAUCAAUAAUUUGUUGGUUUAGCAGUCCCAGACAGAAUGAAAAGAAUAAUCCGGGCCCCCAAACAAAGUGAAUGACUCAUUUGCGGGUGUGGGUCAGUAAAUGAGUGUCUCACUCCACAUUGUCUAUUUAAACGCAGUUCUGCAGAGGGGAAAAUAACUGACCUCGGACUCUGCUGUUGUGCAAUGCAACGAGUGUGUGUAUUUGAGCGCGUGUGUGUGUUCACCUGUGAGCAGAGAGUUGCAGACUCACCAUAGACUUUGAUUAAUGACACCUACAAUGAAUCAAGUAUCUGGAGCAGGGAGUGCGCCACACUGCAGUGCCCUCCACACUAUUGUUAAGGAGGGAUGCUGCUCUACGUCAGUUAGAAAGGAGGAAGAGAUGGAGACGACAAAACGAAGAGAUUCAUUUAUUUUGGAAAUAUUUCUACAUUUUAGUUCAAAGAACACGUAAUGACUUGUGCUUCUUAGUUUGAAGUUUAAACGCUUUGAAGGUUCUUUAACUUUACAACCUUAUCCCCCCCCCCCACUCUUUAACCCUCUCUUACCCUGUCUCUGACUCUCCCUCUCUCCCCCUCCUAUUUUGUGCUCUCGCUCUCCUCCAUUCCUCUCCUCCUCUAGAUCAUGGCUGAGAGGAAGAGUGCCAAAGCUGCUGCCGGCAGCUCAUCCCAAACAGGCUCCGAUGUUCCUCUCCAGGGUAGGAGUUUGUUGACCCACACACAUACAUUAGUACUGUUGUCUGUUUAGGGAAUUGGAGUUAAGCAUCAAAGGGAUACUUCAGGAUUUUGGCAAUUAGGCCCUUUAUCUACUUCUGCAGAGUCAGAUGAACUCGUGGAUACUAUUUGUAUGUCUCUGUGUCCAGUAUGAAGGAAGUAAGAGGUAGUUUUGCGAGCCAAUGCUAACUAUCUUUAGCGCAAUGACUGGAAGUCUAUGGGUAUCUGCUAGCAUGCUUUUCAAUGACAUCAUCACACUCCUUGACUUUUUCCACAUUUUGUUACGUUACAGGCUUAUUCUAAAAUGGAUGGAAUUGUUUUUUAAUGACAAAGCAAAAACAGGUUUUGAUACAUUUUUGCCAAUUUAUUAAAAAUAAAAAACAGAAAUAUCACAUUUACAUAGUAUUCAGACCCUUUACUCAGUACUUUGUUGAAGCGCCUUUGGCAGUGAUUACAGCCUCAAGUCUUCUUGGGUAUGACGCUACAAGCUUGGCACACCUGUAUUUGGGGAGUUUCUCCCAUUCUUCUCUGCAGAUCCUCUCAAGCUCUGUCAGGUUGGAUGGGGAGCAUCGCUGCACAGCUAUUUUCAGGUCUCUCCAGAGAUGUUCGAUCGGGUUCAAGUCCGGGCUCUGGCUGGGCCACUCAAGGACAUUGAGAGACUUGUCCCGACGCCACUCCUGCGUUGUCUUGGCUGUGUGCUUAGGGUCGUUGUCCUGUGGGAAGGUGAACCUUCGCCCCAGUCUGAGGUCCUGAGCGUUCUGGAGCAGGUUUUCAUCAAGGAUCUCUCUGUACUUUGCUCCGUUCAUCUUUCCCUCGAUCCUAACUAGUUUCCCUGUCACUGCCGCUGAAAAACAUCCCCACAGCAUGAUGCUGCCACCAUGCUUCACCGUAGGGAUGGUGCCAGGAUUCCUCCAGAUGUGACGCUUGGCAUUCAGCCCAAAGAGUUCAAUCUUGGUUUCAUCAGAGCAGAGAAUCUUGUUUCUCAUGGUCUGAGAGUCUUUAGGUGCCUUUUGGCAAACUCCAAGUGGGCUGUCAUGUACCUUUUACUGAGGAAUGGCUUCCGUCUGGCCACUCUACCAUAAAGGCCUGAUUGUUGGAGUGCUGCAGAGAUGGUUGUCUUUCUGGAAGGUUCUCCCAUCUCCACAGAGGAACUCUAGAGCUCUGUCAGAGUGACCAUCGGGUUCUUGGUCACCUCCCUGACCAAGGCCCUUCUCCCCCAAUUGCUCAGUUUGGCCAGGCGGCCAGCUCUAGGAAGAGUCUUGGUGGUUUCAAACUUCUUCCAUUUAAGAGUGAUGGAGGCCGCUGUUCUUGGGGACCUGCAAUGCUGCAGAAAUGUUUUGGUACCCUUCCCCAGAUCUGUGCCUCUACACAAUCCUGUCUCGGAGCUCUACGGACAAUUCCUUCGACCUCAUGGCUUGGUUUUUGCUCUGACAUGCACUGUCAACUGUGUGACCUUAUAGAGACAGGUGUGUGCCUUUCCAAAUCAUGUCCAAUCAAUUGAAUUUACCACAGGUGGACUCAAAUCAAGUUGUAGAAAAAUCUCAAGGAUGAUCAAUGGAAACAGGGUGCACCUGAGCUCAAUUUCGAGUCUCAUAGCAAAGGUUCUGAAUACUUAUGUAAAUAAGGUAUUUCUGUAAACCUGUUUUCACUUUGUCAUUAUGGGGUAUUGUGUGUAGAUUGAUGAGAAAAAAAAUAGUUCAUCAAUUUUAGAAUAAGACUGUAACGUAACAAAAUGUGGAAAAAGUCAAGAGGUCUGAAUACUUUCCGAAUGCACUGUAUAUACAUAAGUAUGUGGACACCCCUUCAAAUGAGUGGAUUCGGCUAUUUAAUAAUAAUAAUAUGCCAUUUAGCAGACGCUUUUAUCCAAAGCGACUUACAGUCAUGUGUGCAUAAAUGUUUACGUAUGGGUGGUCCCAGGGAUCGAACCCACUACCGUGCCGUUACAAGCGCCAUGCUCUACCAAUUGAGCUACAUGCAAUCUCCAUAGACAAACAUUGGCAGUAGAAUGGCCUUACUGAAGAGCUCAGUGACUUUGGAAUGAGAUGUUCGACGAGCAGGAGUCCACAUACUUUUGGUCAUGUAGUAUAUCUGCUAGCACAGUCAUUGCACUAACGCUAGUUAGCAAUUGCGCUAGCGCUACUCAGCAACUUCCUUCAAACUGCACGCAGCUCAUUGCCAAAAUCCCCAAGUAUCCCUCUAACUCCCUCUCUAUAUUUCAUGAGUGUGUUUCACUGCAAAUUAAAAAAUACCCCUUAUGAAUCCAGAACUGACUGCAAACACAUGUUAAUGAAAAAGAUAGCCGUGUUGUGUUCACUUACUGAAUUAUGCUGACAACAGUACAACGUCUCAUAAUACAGGACCAAACCAUUCUCACAUCGUGGCGUUAAUGCUAUUCCACAUUUUCCAUUCCACUACGCCGCAACACAUAUCCAUCCUCCUUUUCAUCCGAAGUUAAUUCAUGAUGGAUAAUAAAAAAACAAUUCAUCCCAUAACUUUGGCUUUGAGGCAGGAUCUGCUGACUGUGGGGGAAAUACCUUUAUUCUAUGCAUAGAAUAAAAGUCCUACAUUGGCUUUGAGCUCGCGGGAGCAGCUGAGCUCAUUAAAAGCCAAUUAGUGUUGCGUAGCAAGCCCUAACUCUCAGCAACCCCUAUUGAGAGAUCAAAGCACACAUUGGAUUAACAUUGCUCACUCACUACCACGACCAAACCGUCUGUGCACUCCACUCGCCAGAUCCCUCCACUGUCUCUCCCGUCCUUUAAUUCCAUCCCUCGUUUCUCCUGACCCUCAGGCAGAGUGUAAUAGGAAGUAGGCUAACUCCUUUUCUGUUAUUUUUCGGGGGAGUUGGUAUUCAAACCAUCUUAUCCUCUUCUCUGUGUUAGAGGGAGGGAAGUCCUCCUGCCCCUCAGGCCAUCCUGUAAAUAGACAUAUCUUUUUUUUUUCAGCCGAGCCCCUCUGAAGUUCAUAUGGCCUACUUAAUUAGAUGCAACAGCAUCUGAAAUAUUCCAGUAUUCACACAAGUAUCUGUUUAUUUUUGCAUUUUAGACUAAUAAGCCUGUUUGGACAUUUCUUUGCCGGAGUCUUUGCUCAGAUGUGCUUUGUACUGUGUAUUCCCUGCAGUGUGUGUGUGUGUGUGUGUGUGUGUGUGUGUGUGUGUGUGUGUGUGUAUCUUUGGUGUCUGAUGUGUGUAUUCUCCCACAGAGUUUCCCAUGCCAAAGACUGAGCUGGUGCAGAAGUUCCAUGUGCACUACCUGGGGAUGACGUCUGUGUCUCGCCCAAUAGGUAAGAGAAGUAAGGAAACAACGAACACAGCCGUGCCUACUCACCUGCACCUGUCCCAUCAAACAUGCUCCAUACUACGUGCCUUCUCCAACUAACUCGGGUUUCACCUCUCUCUCCCUCUCUCCAGGUAUGGACAUCAUCAACGGGGCUAUAGAGAGCUUGGUGUCCUCCAUAGGGAAAGAGGACUGGACCCCUGUUACUCUGAGUGUAGCUGACGCCACUGUGGCUGUCAUCAAGGAGAAGGCACGUAGCAUCUUUUCUCCACUUAACUACAGAUUAUUAGUGACUUCACCACAGCAUCCAUUCAUGAUUUUAUUUGUUAUCCAAUAGAUUCACCUGUGAUCCACAUGGACGGAGAGCGCUGGUUCUUCCCUCAUCAUGACAAAAAAUCUAAAUGUAUAUCUGAGUGUUCUUUAACAAUUAUAUUGGUCCCCUGGACAGGAAGAGGAGGAGGAAGUGCUGGUGGAGUGCCGCGUGCGUUUCCUGUCCUUCAUGGGCGUGGGCCGGGAUAUCCACACCUUCGCCUUCGUCAUGGACUCUGGGAACCAGCACUUCCAGUGCCACGUGUUCUGGUGUGACCCCAACGCUGGCAGCGUGUCUGAGGCCGUCCAGGCAGCCUGUGUGGUGAGCUCACACACAUAGCUAUACACACACGUACUGUAUAUAUAAAGACAGACAUAGACAGACAUAGACAGACAGACAAUCUAAACCAGGAUGUGGACAUGACGGUAGGGUUAGGACUGUGGUUAUAGCUAGGGUUAGGGUUGAGCCAGGAUGUGGACAUGACGGUAGGGUUAGUGUUAGGGUUGUGGUAGAGGUAGACUCUGAUGUACUUUCCUCCUCUUCCUCCUCCUCAGCUGCGGUACCAGAAGUGUCUGGUGGCCCGCCCCCCCUCCCAGAGAGCUGGCUCCUCCUCCCCGCCACCCGACUCAGUGACACGCCGGGUGACUACCAGCGUGAAGCGUGGAGUCCAGUCUCUCAUAGACACUCUGAAAACAAAGAAACCACCCUCAGAACUGCCCCAGCAAUGA